CGCAGCCGCCUGCAAACCGCUCCAGCGCCGUGGCGGCGGCUCCCAAAACCCCGCGGCGGGCGCGGGGCGGGCGCGGCCAUCCCGCUUCAUCCUCCCGUACCACCCUUAGCCUCACUAGCGCUGCCGCGGCGGCCCGCGCAGUCCGGCGGGGCUGCCCGGCGGGGGCUCCGGCGAUGUCCGGCUCCCGGGCGGCUCCUCCCGGUUGAGCGGCGGCUCCGCGCGGGCCCCGCGCCCUCCCCGCGCCGCACCCGCGGCCCGCCCGGCCGGGCAUGAGGCGGAGCGGCGGCGGCACAAAGGCUCCAGCGGGGCUGCGCCUUGCCUGAGGCGGCGCCGGGCCCGCCGCGCCCCGCGGGGCGAUGGCGCACGAUCACGACAUGGAGCGGACGAUCAAGGAAACUUCCAUUUUAGAGGAAUACAACAUCAACUGGACUCAGAAGCUGGGAGCUGGCAUCAGUGGGCCUGUCAGAGUCUGCAUGAAAAAAUCCUCCCAGGAACGUUUUGCACUGAAAAUCCUCCUCGAUCGUCCAAAAGCUCGAAAUGAGGUACGGCUGCACAUGAUGUGUGCAACACACCCCAACAUUGUCCAAAUAAUUGAAGUUUAUGCCAACAGUGUGCAGUUCCCACAUGAAUCCAGCCCCAGGGCUCGGCUGCUAAUUGUAAUGGAGAUGAUGGAAGGGGGAGAGCUCUUCCACAGAAUCAGCCAGCACCGGCACUUUACUGAGAAGCAAGCGAGCCAAGUAACAAAGCAGAUAGCUUUGGCUUUGCAGCAUUGCCACUCACUAAACAUUGCACACAGAGACCUCAAGCCUGAGAAUCUCCUCUUCAAGGAUAACUCUCUGGAUGCACCUGUUAAAUUGUGUGACUUUGGGUUUGCCAAAGUAGACCAAGGUGACUUGAUGACACCCCAGUUCACUCCCUAUUAUGUAGCACCUCAGGUAUUGGAGGCACAAAGAAGACAUCAGAAGGAAAAGUCUGGUAUUAUCCCCACCUCUCCAACCCCUUACACCUACAACAAGAGCUGUGACCUGUGGUCCCUGGGGGUGAUUAUCUACGUGAUGCUGUGUGGGUACCCCCCCUUCUACUCCAAGCACCACAGCCGGACGAUUCCCAAGGACAUGAGGAAAAAGAUCAUGACAGGAAGCUUCGAGUUCCCAGAGGAGGAGUGGAGCCAGAUCUCAGAAAUGGCAAAAGACAUUGUCAGAAAGCUGCUGAAGGUGAAGCCUGAGGAACGUCUGACCAUUGAGGGGGUGUUGGAGCAUCCCUGGCUCAAUUCCACGGAGGCCCUGGACAACAUCCUGCCCUCUGCCCAGCUGAUGAUGGACAAGGCCAUGGUGGCAGGGAUCCAGCAGGCUCAUGCAGAACAACUUGCAAACAUGAGAAUCCAAGACCUCAAAGUGAGCCUGAAGCCCCUUCACUCCGUGAACAACCCGAUCCUGCGCAAGCGGAAACUCCUGGGCACCAAGCCAAAGGAUGGCGUUUACAUCCAUGACCCUGAGAAUGGAAGCAAUGAUUCCAACGUGGCUCUGGAGAAGCUCAGAGAUGUGAUUGCUCAGUGCAUUCUACCACAGGCUGGUAAAGGAGAGAAUGAAGAUGAGAAGUUGAAUGAAGUGAUGCAGGAGGCCUGGAAAUACAACAGGGAGUGCAAAUUGCUGCGGGACACCCUGCAGAGCUUCAGCUGGAACGGCAGAGGAUUCACAGACAAAGUGGAUCGACUAAAACUGGCAGAAAUUGUCAAACAAGUGAUCGAAGAGCAGACAAAUUCCCACGACUCUCAAUAGCUGGAGCUUCUUAAUCUUAUUUUUUUUACCAUUUAAGAUUUAUUCUUUAACUGUAAAAAGUAUUUUUAUGUAAAUUAAUAAAUCAUAAUUAUUUCAUUAAAUUUCCAUACUGCUUGAAAAAUGCUGUAUAGUUGUAGAUACAAAGAAAAAAAAAAUCAUUGGUACUGUAAUAUUUUUUUAAAACUCAGUUCCUCGAGGUAUAUAUGAUCACUUAUGUACUGUUAAUCAUGAGCCCCACAAAUGGGGUGGAUUUUAUUGUUAAAAACCAUUUUUUUUUCUUAAUAACCAGUUGCAGAAGCUGCCUUUCACCUGCCACAUCCAGCCCCUGCAGUGACUGUGUGAGAAGGAGAGCCACAGUUUCUCAAGCUCCUGCUCAGUGAGUACUUGAAGCAAGUGCUGUGAAAUGCAAAUUCCCAGCUCCCCUUGGCACCUAAAUUCCAGGUCUUUAGGUAGAGAAAAAUCAAUUAAAUGCCCUUCAGUUUGGCUUGGUGCCUGGCCCAUGUGCUUGCUGAAGUUUUCAGUUCUGAGCAGUGACUCUCUUGUUUUGUCACCUUCCCCAUCUCCCUCGGACCUUCUUUAAGGCUUAACCUCCUUUCUUUCUUUCUCCUCAUCUUCCUCAGAGCUUUUUUAAGGCUGAAUCAGCCAUUCAGCACAAAACUCUUCUUUUUCUCACCUUGUCCAAGAGCAGAACAGAAGAAUGUUCAAGUCCUUAUGCACAAAUUCUUUUAAUUUCCAUGGUGGGAUCUUCUAUGGACCGAGACCAGCCUGGGCUUUGUUUGUUUGGGAUAUUCCCAUUCUUUCCUUCCUAGAAGAUCCAAGCUUGGGUUUUGAGUUGUCCUUUUGUUUGGCAGAGCUCCCAGUGCUCUGGGGAACCCCUGGGAUUUCUCUGGAGCUCAAAUUCUCAUCUCUGAUGCCUUCAAGCUCCUUUUUGGGGGAGCCACAACUGCAGGGCUGCUCCCUGCUCCCCAGGGCAGGUUCUUUCUCUAGUCUGGAACAUUGGCUCCAAAAGCUGCUUUUUUAAAAUCCUGAUGAAACAAACCAAUGGCAAGAAUCUGUACAUAGUUCUAGUUUUCUACCUUUUCUGCUUCUCUUUCUUUCAAAGAUCGGGCGGAGGCUUUUUAUAGAGCUAUUUUGGUACCAAAUGCGUGCAGACAGCGGCUGGGUUUGGUCUGCAGACUGAAGUGCCAACCCAGGGCCCUCAGUGACCACUCCUGAACGUUGUUGUCUCUCACAGCUCAUCCAUUUUUGGGUUUACAUUGACCAACCUGAGCCAUCAAUCUCCCAGUUCUCUCCUACAAAAGUCCAGCCUUGUUGUUUGUUUUUUGUUUUUUUUUUUUUUGUCUCUUUUCUAUACCAAAAUUUCCUUGCGGCUUUAGUGCAGUGUCUGACUCUUUCUAUACAAUUUUUCUAAACAGUGACUUGUUUUUUCUACAUGAAGGAGAUGUUUUGUUUCCUGUUCUCUGUCAGCUUUCCUUAAUCCUGUGGGCAGUUUUUUCCAAUGCAGGGUAAGAACAGUCCCUGCUUAUCCGUGCUCUGAUGGAACCUCUGACAUUACCUGGAAUAUUUGUGCACUGACCUCUUGAUGAAAACUGAAGAGAAUUAGCAAAAAUUGAGAGUUUUUGUCACUUUUUUUUGGCUGUACCAUCAAGCCCUGUUAUGUGCAUUUCUGUCCUUGCUCAAAUUCUAGGUCAUGUCUUGAAAUGAUUUCAUUUUGAACUUGAAAUCCGUGGGUUUUUUUCUGAGGAAUUGAAACUUUCAAGUGUGGCAGAUAGAGAUGGAAACAAGGAAAUCACCUUUGUUUGAAUGGCAGAGCAAAAAAAAAUCCCCUCCAAAAGCACUUUGUGACUCUGCCCUCCCAGCAGGAACAUCCUCAGGCAGAUUUUGGGAGUCAGGAUUUGUUGGAAGUGCAGCCAGAGAGGAAGGUGGGAUCUGAGGUGUGUUAGAGGAUUCCUCCUGUUCUUCAUCCCUCAAGUGCUGCUGAUCCUGAGGGGGGAACAUUUGUACAAAUUUCCAAGGGCUUUUGCCACAAGGAACUGCUUUUGAUGGAUUUAAUCUCCAUUUUCUUGUCUGUGAUAAAUAAUAACAGCCUGAUUUGAAGCAGAGGGAGGAGGGACAGAUUAAGAAAACAAAAUUUGAAGAUUCAAGGUCAAAUGGUUUUGUUUCUAUGAGAAAGUUGAUUUUUUUUUUUACUCUUGGAAAAGUUCUGUUUUACAUUUCAAAGUUCAAUAACUUUAAUGGAUUCAUUUAUGUGUUUGAAAGUAGCAUUUGACUUUCUCCUUCCUGGGUUUAGUUGAUUUUUCAGUUGAAGCAAGUGCAAGACACCUUGUCUUGAUUCUCUGAGGCUUGACUUGGUAAUAAAUCUACUGAUCCUUUGUAGCAGACUGUGAAUAUUGUAAAUAUCUCGAGCUGGAAGUGUGGGAUCAAAGAAGAAUUUCUUUGUACAAACACUAAAAAUAUGUGGGAAAGCUCUGGAGGUUGUUGGGUUUUGGUUUUUUUUUUUUAGAAUUUUAUUUAAGUGAAGAAAAAUGUCUGAAAUCAUUUGACCUUUUCAAAAUUUUCUGUAUAACUGGCUUCUCCUGUGAUUUGAUUAUUUGAAGCUUUUCUAUAAAUGUUAAAAUUAGGAGAACCUGAUUAGUGAAAGAGAUUUUGAUUGGAAAUAGCAACAUGUCAAACUUUUGCUGUCAUUACUUCUGGAUUUUCUUUUGGAAACUCGAGUCUGUGCCCAUGUUUAACUCCUGUGUGUUAAAAUGUUCUCAUUUUCCUCUCAGUGUUCCCUGUUAGUUCCUUUUGGAUCAGUAUUACAUUGUAAAUAUUACCCAUCCUGUAUAUAAAUGAUUUUACU